UAAAACAGAUUUCAAGUCCGAUUUCUUUACUCGCAUUCCCUCUCGCUGCCUGCCCUGACUGUGGUCGGUCUCGCUCGUUCUUUCUCCAAUUGAAUGUCUGUCUUAAACUGGUUUCUCACUAUCACAUGAAAAAAAAUCUCUUUCUCGUUUCAAAUUCCCCUUCGAAUCCUCGCUUCGGAGCUCAAGGUUUAGGUUUUUGGUGUUUCUUCUAAAAGAAAUGCAGAGGGAGAUCGGUACCAUAACGGCCAUGCUUGAUCACAACUUCUGUUAUUGAAGAGUCUUUCUCCUUUGCCACGCCUUCUUGACGUUCGCGGUGGAUCCUAGGGUUCGUUUUGUCCAAGUGAAGAUCUGGUUGGUGAAACCGGGCUAUGGACUACGGACUUUCCGAUAGCAGCGGAACAGAUGAUGAUCUUCCUCCAUCACAUCAAAACAGGGUUCACAGAGGAGGUCGUGUUGCAGGGAACGGGAGAUCUACUGUUGUGGGUUCUGUACCUUAUGCUAGAAUACAUAGUGACAUGGAGACACAGAUCCACCAACUUGAACAAGAAGCAUAUAGUUCAGUCCUUCGGGCUUUUAAAGCUCAAUCUGAUGCCAUUACUUGGGAGAAAGAAGGUUUAAUAACAGAACUUAGAAAAGAGUUGCGGGUAUCAGAUGAUGAGCACAGAGUGCUUCUUAGCAGGGUUAAUGCAGAUGAUAUCAUCAAGAGGAUAAGGGAGUGGAGGGCAGGUGGACACCUACCUGGGUUGCUCAGUAAUGCUCAACCUGUUCAUGAUCCAAUGCCCAGUCCUACCGUCUCAGCAUCACGCAAGAAGCAGAAGACAUCACAGUCUCUGUCAUUGGGUGCACCAUCCCCGUCGUUGCAUCCCCAAACAGGGGCUGGGUCGAUGCAGCCAUCAUCUUCUGCUGCAAAACGAGGAGCUGUGGUAGGAGCUAGGGGCAAGAAGCCUAAACCAGGUCAGACAAUGCCUGGUGUAUCCUCAAUGAAGUCCAUGCAGUACACCUCUACAGGUCCAACUGGAAGGGGCCAAGUUCCUAAUCGUGCUUCCUCUGGUGCGCUUGUUGCAAAUGAACCAAGUGAAGCAGCAGCAUUUGAUUCAUUGAUUGGGCGGAGAGUGAAGACAAGAUGGCCUGAAGAUAACAACUUCUAUGAAGCUGUUAUAACUGACUAUAACCCUGUUGAGGGACGGCAUGCUCUAGUCUAUGAUAUGAACACACCAGAUGAGACAUGGGAAUGGGUUAACCUCAAAGAGAUCUCACCAGAGGAUAUUCAAUGGGAAGGUGAAGAUCCAGGAAUUUCUCGUCGAGUCGGCCGUGGUGGAUCAGGUCGUGGGGUUAAGAAGACCAUUGGUCGUGGUGGUGCUCUUCCAGGUGCAGGAAGAGGGAGAGGGGCUGCUGCGAAGGGUCAGUCCAAGAAAGACUUUCCACCUUCACAGAAUGGAAUCGGGAAGAAAGCUUCAGAUGACAUUGAAAUACUCCACACAGACACACUAAUUAAGGAGGUGGAGAAGGUUUUCAAUGCUAGCCAUCCUGAUCCUCAUGAGAUGGAGAAGGCAAAAAAAUUGCUGAAAGAGCAUGAACAAUCACUUAUUGAUGCAAUUGCAAGGCUAGCAGACACAUCGGAUGGCGAAAGUGAUGACGGUGAGCGCCACUUAUCGCAUGGUCAGUCAAUGGAAAGAGAACGAGGAUGGAGAAACAGGCAAUAUGGUGGCAAGCAGCGUUCUGCAGAUGUUGAUGACGAGAUGGCUGUGGAAGGCAAACGUGAUGGUUCAGAUGGUGACAAUCAAAUGGCCAGAGAGGGUAGAGCAGCAUCUGACGAUCGCCAUGACAGAGAUGACGGUGAAGAUGACAUCUGACUUUGGAGGAAUUGACACCUCGGGUCUCUCUCUACACACCAUCCUUGAAAAUCACUACCUGUGUAUAAUGCCCAUGUUAUAAUCUUAUAUACGUUCUACCCCUGUGGAAUAACAGCUCCAGUUGUUAAAGGUGGGGUUAAUCUCAUUUAUCCAGUGGAAAAAUCAUUGGUAAUGUUGGGAAGCCAACCAUGUAAAAUUAUUUUGAUCAGUGAAUAACCUGUGACCAUGUAACUAGUGUCUUCAAAAGAGCUGCAUUUUCUUGUGUUGCAGGUCGUGCUUA